CCACCCUCUCCACACACCCUCUCUACUCCGCCCUUUCGUCCCCGUCUCCGGCCGUUUCCCACCGCCGCUCGCCGGAGCUAGCCAAGCUUUUGUUGCAUAUAUCCUUUACUCCAAAAGUUUCCACGUUUCUGACACCGUCGGCCGGAUUGGCCGUCGAUGUAAAAGUGUUCUUCUUGAAUCGUGAGGUUAGAUAGCGGCCGUAGGAAUAGGAUCGUCUUGCCAUCUCCGGCGGCGUGUAGGAUGCCCAUCGAAGAUUGGGACUGAGGCGUCGGCGGCGGAUAAAUGUACCGCAAAAACGCGUCGGCACUAACCUGCUUCUACCUGUACCUCCUCUGGUUCUUCUUCCUGAAAAAGUAGCAGAGCAAGCGAUCGAUCGAGCCAGCGACUCGUGAUUGAGAUUGUUUGAGUUUGAUACAUCUAUAGGUGUUCUCGUUGAUUGAUUGGAAGUUGGAGAGAAGUGAUCUCGGCGAUGGAGCUGGAUCUGAACGUGGAGGAGAAGCCGGCGGCGGUGGCGCGGAGCGACUCCGGGACGUCGGAGUCGUCGGUGCUGAACGCGGAGGCGUCCUGCGGCGGGGGCGCCGCGCCGGCCGAGGAGGCCUCCAGCUCGACGCGCCAGCCGGCGCCGGCGCCGCGGGCGGUGCUCGAGUUCAGCAUCCUGAGGAGCUCGGCGUCCGCCGAGGGCGAGAACGACGUCGGCGCCGACGACGACGAGGAGGAGGCCACUCCCUCGCCUCUACCUCCGCCGCCGCGGCACUACCACCAGCACCUGCUGCAGCCGCAACAACUCGUCACCCAAGAGCUGUUCCCCGCCGCGGCCACCGCCGGCGGUCCGCCGCCGAUGUCCGUGCCGCAGCAUUGGGCCGAGCUCGGCUUCUUCCGCCCCGCGGCGCCGCCUCCGGACAUGAGGAUCCUGCAGAUGCAGCAGCAGCAGCUGCAGGUGCACGCGCAGCCCCCGCCGCCGCCGGCGGCCCAGCCGCCGGUGGCCAAGAAGAGCCGCCGCGGCCCGCGCUCCCGCAGCUCGCAGUACCGCGGCGUGACCUUCUACCGCCGCACCGGCCGCUGGGAAUCCCAUAUCUGGGAUUGCGGCAAGCAGGUGUACUUGGGUGGAUUUGACACUGCACAUGCUGCUGCAAGGGCGUACGAUCGAGCGGCGAUCAAGUUCCGUGGCGUCGACGCCGACAUAAACUUCAACCUCAGCGACUACGAGGACGACAUGAAGCAGAUGAAGGGCCUGUCCAAGGAGGAGUUCGUGCACGUGCUGCGGCGGCAGAGCACCGGCUUCUCGCGGGGCAGCUCCAAGUACAGAGGCGUCACCCUGCACAAGUGCGGCCGGUGGGAGGCGCGCAUGGGCCAGUUCCUCGGCAAGAAGGCUUACGACAAGGCGGCGAUCAAAUGCAACGGUAGGGAGGCCGUGACGAACUUCGAGCCGAGCACCUAUGAUGCGGAGCUGCUCAGUGAGGUUGCUGCUGAAGGCGCAGAUGUCGACCUCAACUUGAGCAUAUCUCAACCAACUUCACAAAGUCCCAAAAGGGAUAAGAGCAGCCUUGGCCUGCAACUCCACCAUGGAUCAUAUGAAGGCUCUGAACUAAAGAGACCAAAGGUCGAUGCGCCCCCUGAGAUGGUCGCAAUCCCUCAUCGAUACCCCCUUCUGACCGAGCAUCCACCAAUCUGGCAUGGCCAAUCAUAUCCCAUCUUUUUAAAUAAUGAGGAUGCAGCCAGAGAUCAUAGCAGGAGGCCAGAGGUGGCCACAGGGGGUGUUCCAACCUGGGCAUGGAGGGUGAGCCACCCUCCUCCAACACAACCCAUGCCACUCUUCUCGUCGUCAUCGUCCGCUGCAGCAUCAUCAGGAUUCUCCAAAACCGCCGCGGCAGCUGCCCCCGGCGCCCCAUCGGCCUCAUUCCGGUUCGACCCGAUGGCGCCAUCAUCAUCGUCAAGCAACCAACACCACCACCACCCCCGCUGAAAAAGAAGCCAUACUGUAAAUUUUCUGGGAAGCCAGUAUCUUUUUGCCCCUCCGGCGUUUCAGCGUUUUCGGUCUUGCGCCGGGGCGGUUUCAGGUAGUGGAUUGGAUUCAUGACUGUAUUUCCCAUGCUGCCCAAAGUGAAAUGUCACUUCUUUUAUGCGCUCUCUGCAGCAUUGGUCCCAUAAUUCUUGAUGUCAGAUACUAACGUCAGCUCAUCUCACCAUCUGAGAUGGAUUUAUACCAUUGUUGUAGACAAACUUGUCACUGAAAUUCAGCAGUACCGAUACCAUAAGAUAAGAGGAACCUUUACUUUGGGAAUUA